AUGCAUCGUGCUAGCCCACUGUACGUGGUGUCGAACUGUAGUGGGCCCUCGGUGACCGUGCCACCGCUGCUCGCUCCACUCAGCACCGUUGAGCAGCAGCAACAGCAGCAGCAGCAGCAUUAUGGUGUAGCAUCAAUCGAUUCAAUAGUCCAUCAGCCGGCUGGUCCCAGCAGCCCCAGUCCGAGUGGACGAAGCGGAACCCUGAAGCGGAAGCUCCCGGUUGCAGGCGAGGAUCCCGAUUCGGUCCCGAGCUACCCGGUGUCGGUGACGGUAGCACCCUAUCCAGCAACCAACACUGACGGCCCCGGGAUGCUGGUGGCGAAAGCGCGCAAAGAAUUGACCUUAUCGACCACGUCCAGCGGCCUCCAUAACCAGGGUGUGGAGCUGCACGAGUUUCCGGCUUUCGGGCAGGCAUUCGGGGUGUCCGGGAUCGGCCAGUUCUACGUGCUCAGUGCCAACGACAGUAACAACAACAGCGCGGCGGCUCCGCUAGAAAACGGGCACCAGCAGGAGCACCCGGAUCAAGAGGAUAACCACCAGCACCACCACCACCACCACCAUCACCAGGACCAUCUGGCGACGUACAUCUACGAUGUGCAGGAUGCCAGUGGUCCGGUCAGUGGGGCCGGAUCAGUAGAGCCUAUCGGUGAGCAGAUGAUCUCGAGCGUACCGGCCGCCAUCAUCAGCGACGUCCAGGCGCACCAGUCCAACAAGAUCGUCCUUACCGACAUCAGUUCGUCCACCUGGACCAGCACCGCCGAGUUGCUGGACCUGGACCGCAAGGGACCGACCGUACCGACCGACCUGCAUCAGCGGUACUCCAUCAUCAGCAGCGACCAACAGCAGCAGCACCACCACCAGCAUCACCAACAGCAACUACAGCAGCAGCAACCAAAUCACCACCAACACCUCCACCACCAUCUACCGCAGCUGUCGUCGCAGCAGCAGCAGUACGGGAACCGGGCCCCAUAUGGCGGCAACAAUCAGAGCCACGUCUGGACCGGCGAUGGACCGGCCCCGUCGACGCCACCAACUACAGGCGGUGGCGGUCCCGGUCUAAGACAAGCCGGCAUGGCCUCCGGCAUGAAGACUCCCGAGCAGCUCGCAGCAUCGCAAACACCCGACACCCCGGAAGACUGCAAGAACUUGUCGUGGCUGCUGAGCUUCAAGCUGGACGACAUCCCGAACCUGUCGCCACGCUCCAACCGGAAGCAGAAACCGAAACCGAGCGCCACCGCGAGCACCACGUCCGGGGCAACGGCGGCCAACUGUGACCCGGCCAACCCGACGACCGACGGAGGCGCCGGAACGGCCGCCAGCAGCGGCGUCGGUCCGAUCGGUGACACCGUGGCGCUGGCCAUCGAGGACGGUGAUCUGAACGUGGGCGAGAACGUCACGAUCGAGAGCAGCAGUGGCAAAUCGUAAGUAGUGUCGCGGGACGCCCCGAAGAAGCCACCCUUCACCUACACGGAGCUGAUCGAGUACGCCCUGGAGGAGCAGGGCGAUCUCACCGUGGCCGCCAUCUACCAGUGGAUCUCCGAUCACUUUCCGUACUACAAGUCACAUGACGACCGCUGGAAGAACUCGGUCCGCCACAACCUGUCGAUCAAUCCGCACUUCCGGAAGGGCCGCAAGUCCUCGCACGGUUCCGGCCACUUAUGGACAAUCUCGAGCCGCAACUCGGAGGACAACUUCCUGGCGUGGGAGCACAAAAAGCAACGCUUCGAAUGGUUCUUCAAGAUGGAGGCGAAUGCGCGCACCCGGGGCACAGCGGGUACGGUCGACUCGAUGACCGACGACGAGGUUGCGGCGGCGACGGCCAGCCUGGCACAGUACGCCCCGAAGUCACCGAUGGUCGCUUCCCCGGUUAGCCAGGUGCAGAACUUUACACUCGAAUGUAGCCGAAUGACGGCAGCCACUUCCGAGCAGCACACCGGUCACCAUACGUUGCCACACCAUCAGCAGUCACACCAUCACCAACAGCAGGCGCCACAGCAGCAACCGCACCAGCAACAACAUCAACAGCAACCUAUUACUGCUACGUACCAUCAGACCCAGACGCUGUACGCGGACAUCAUCAGUAACGCGCAGUUCGAGAUUACGGCGACGGCAGAAGAGAUUAAGCAGAUGGACGAGGACACACUCAAUGGUCUGCGGCGGGGCACGGAAAUCCAGAUCGUCCGGCCGACGCAAGCCAUCCAGACGUACGAGAUGCUCGAUUCGGAGUACAACAUCGCCGACUACCUGAACCCGGUCCCGAAGGAGGAGAUUGUGCAGGAGUGCGGACUGCGCUCGGUCGCGCUCGAUCCGGCCGAGCUCGGCAUCAGCAUUCCGUCGGCCACGGCGCAGGAGGACGACAUACUGUUCGAUGAGUUCAACUUGAGCUACUUUGGCAACAACAUCAUGACCUGA